CACAUAAGUCAAUGUAUAGUUUAUUUUAAUUUUGCUUAAAUUAAUUUUGUUUUUUUUUAUAAAUUUAUUAAAAAUAUAAUUAUAAUUUAUUUAGUUGCGUCGAUACAACACAAAAAUAAAAUCAUUUUUCUAACUCAUCUAUAGAUCUGAUUAAAUGGACAUGACAAUUUUUUUUGGUAACUAGAUGAUGAAUAUGAGUAACGGUAUGAAUCACGAUAUGUCCGCUACCGAUAUGCCUAUGCAUGAUAUGCCGACCACUGAAAUGAAUAUGAAUAUGGAUAUGGAUAUGGGCAUGUAUUUCAAAAUCGGCUACUAUAGUCCCAUAUUGUUUAAGAAAUGGAUUGUCCACAAUGAUGGAGAAAUGUUCGGUUCGUGUUUGUUCUUCUUUGUGUUGGCCAUUAUCUACGAGAUGCUCAAGUUUUACCGGGACCGGCAUCUGCAAAGAGCCAGAUCAUCAGUGGUUACCAUCAGUAGCAUCAGCAGCAGCGAAGAAAACGGCGGUGCGUCCACCAUAAGCGCCGGCAGUUCGGUUAGCGGCGGCGGUGGUGCUGGCGGUGCUUACGAUCGACCGCUACACCACAACCACCAACACAACAGGGAUUCAGUCCAUCGGCCAACUAUGCGGCUGUUAUCGGCGGCCCAUAUGUGGCAAACAUUGUUACAUAUGAUUCAGAUAUUUAUCUCUUAUAUACUAAUGUUGGCCUUUAUGUACUUCAAUGCUUGGUUAUGUUUGGCCAUCAUAUUGGGCUCCGGUGUCGGCUAUUUUGCAAUCGGCACCCGUAAAAACAAUCCCUACUCGACGUUUGACGACGACCACUGUCACUAGGUUGUUGACCACUACUCGCGGAUGUGAUAACCGCCGGGAGUGUGAUUCGGCAAUUAUUUAUAUAUAAAUAUAUAUA